AUGUUGGAGGCUUUGCGAGAAUGGACCCCAGCAGGAGAGCCAGUCAGGUGGCCUACGUGUCCUCUGAAUUCUGUUUUCGUUCAGCUAGAAGAGCAACAUCUACAGCAUCCUGUGCUCCGCAAACGCCGCGUUUAUCUUGCUGCCUCGUUCCUGGCUUCCGCGGGUACUCAAACCGUUCAAUUGGCAUCAGCACGUUGGAUCAGAUCGGCGUGUGCUUGCGGAUCGGGUCAGGCGCAAGCUGGAGAGUGCGCGGCCGGCGCUGUCGCCGGCGUGUGCGACGGUGCGACUGCAUGUGAGAAAGGUACCAUAUAG